CUUACUCAGGCACAUGGCUUAUGUAAUAUUGGUCAAUGGCAUUCUCAUCAUCGACUAGGUCUUACCUUUUCAAGUGGUGGAGAGGAAGAUACAAUUUGGAAUAACAUGCCUCAACUUGGUCUUAAUCGCUACAUUUUCAUAAUUGCUACAAUUUCAGAAUAUUCUAGAUUCAGCAGAAACUUCAAUGUUAACAUUAAUCCAUAUCUUUUUGAAAUGACUCACGGCAGAAGAAAUCGUGUUUUUAUAGGUUUGUUUUGUGAUCUCGAUGGCAAUUCCCCAUUUCGUAUGGAUGGCAACGUUCAAAGAAAAAUGGAAAAUAAAGCUGAAAUAAUAAAUAUUCCCAAAAGUUAUGACAAAAAUGGCUUGAAUAAACAGUUUGGGGAAAGCGAACAAAUACUUCAGAAACCAGAAAGGAGAAUUACUGAGCGUUUGAGAGAUUUCAGUCGUAGUGAAGAUCAAGAAUCAACUCAUGAAAAUAAGACUCAGCAAACAGAUAAAGGUACAGAACUAUCGCCAGAUACUGUCAACAAUGUUGAAGAUCAAGCUUCGCCUGACGAAGAGAAGAAUCAACAAACAAAUAAAGGUACAAAAAAUUCGCAAGAUAAUGUAAACAAUGGUGAACAUCAAAAAUCACCUCAUGAAAAUCAGAAUCAGCAAACAGAUAAAGGUACAGAACUAUCGCCAGAUACUGUCAACAAUGUUGAAGAUCAAGCUUCGCCUGACGAAGAGAAGAAUCAACAAACAAAUAAAGGUACAAAAAAUUCGCAAGACAAUGUAAACAAUGGUGAACAUCAAAAAUCACCACAUGAAAAUAAGAAUCAGCAAACAGAUAAAGGUACAGAACUGUCGCCAGUUAAUGUCAACAUUGGUGAAGAUCUAAAAUCCCUUCACGAAAAUAAUAAUCAGCAAACAGAUGAAGGUACAGAACUGUCGCAAGAUAAUGUCAACAAUGGUGAAGAUCAAGAAUCAACUGGUGAAAAGUUUACUGCGUUCUCACAAUUCCGAAAAAUAAAGAAAACAAAGAAGUCAAAAGAUAUUCAUUCAAAUGGGACCAAGGUUAAAAAACAAAAGAAAGAUAAGAAAGAGAAAAAAUCACUUGGUAAAAGUAAGAAUCAUCUAAGAAGAAAAGGUGUAAAAAGUUCGCCAGAUGAUAUUGACGAUCGUGAAGUUCAAAAAUCGCCUAAUAAGGAUAAGAAUCAGGAAACAGACAAAGACAUAGAAAGUUUACCAAGUGAUGUCAAAUAUGGUGAAGAUCAAGAAUCAUCAAAAAGGAGAAAGAUAAAAAGGGUUAACUUCUUUCCACGCUUCCAAAAAAGAAAGAAACAGCGAAAAGAUAAAGGUACAGAACUUUCGCCAGUUAAUUUCAACAUUGUUGAAGAUCAAAAAUCACUUCACGAAAAUCAGAAUCAGCAAACAGAUAAAGGUACAGAAUUGUCGCAAGAUAAUGUCAACAUUGGUGAAGAUCAAAAAUUAGCUGAUGAAAAUAAGAAUCAGCUAACAAAUAAAAGCACAGAACGGUGGCAAGAUAAUGUCAACAAUGGUAAAGAUCAGGAAUUACCUCAUGAAAAUAAGAAUCAGCAAACAGAUGAAGCUAAAGAACGGUCUCAAGAUAAUGUCAACAAAGGUGAAGAUCAAGAAUCACCUCAUGAAAAUAAGAAUCAGCAAACAGAUAAAGUUACAGAACUGUCGCAAGAUAAUGGCAACAAAGGUGAAGAUCAAGAAUCACCUCAUGAAUAUAAGAAUCAGCAAACAGAUAAAGUUACUGAACUGUCGCAAGAUAAUGGCAACAAAGAUGAAGAUCAAAAAUCACCUCAUGAAUAUAAGAAUCAGCAAACAGAUAAAGUUACUGAACUGUCGCAAGAUAAUGGCAACAAAGAUGAAGAUCAAAAAUCACCUCAUGAAUACAAGAAUCAGCAAACAGAUAAAGUUACUGAACUGUCGCAAGAUAAUGGCAACAAAGAUGAAGAUCAAAAAUCACCUCAUGAAUAUAAGAAUCAGCAAACAGAUAAAGUUACUGAACUGUCUCAAGAUAAUGUCAACAUUGGUGAAGAUCAAAAAUUAGCUGAUGAAAAUAAGAAUCAGCUAACAAAUAAAAGCACAGAACGGUGGCAAGAUAAUGUCAACAAUGGUAAAGAUCAGGAAUUACCUCAUGAAAAUAAGAAUCAGCAAACAGAUAAUGUUAUAGAACGGUCUCAAGAUAAUGUCAACAAAGGUGAAGAUCAAAAAUUAGCUCAUGAAAAUAAGAAUCAACAAACAGAUGAAGCUAAAGAACGGUCUCAAGAUAAUGUCAACAAAGGUGAAGAUCAAGAAUCACCUCAUGAAAAUAAGAAUCAGCAAACAGAUAAAGUUACAGAACUGUCGCAAGAUAAUGGCAACAAAGGUGAAGAUCAAGAAUCACCUCAUGAAUAUAAGAAUCAGCAAACAGAUAAAGUUACUGAACUGUCGCAAGAUAAUGGCAACAAAGAUGAAGAUCAAAAAUCACCUCAUGAAUAUAAGAAUCAGCAAACAGAUAAAGUUACUGAACUGUCGCAAGAUAAUGGCAACAAAGAUGAAGAUCAAAAAUCACCUCAUGAAUACAAGAAUCAGCAAACAGAUAAAGUUACUGAACUGUCGCAAGAUAAUGGCAACAAAGAUGAAGAUCAAAAAUCACCUCAUGAAUAUAAGAAUCAGCAAACAGAUAAAGUUACUGAACUGUCUCAAGAUAAUGUCAACAUUGGUGAAGAUCAAAAAUUAGCUGAUGAAAAUAAGAAUCAGCUAACAAAUAAAAGCACAGAACGGUGGCAAGAUAAUGUCAACAAUGGUGAAGAUCAAGAAUCACCUCAUGAAAAUAAGAAUCAGCAAACAGAUAAAGUUACAGAACUGUCGCAAGAUAAUGGCAACAAAGGUGAAGAUCAAGAAUCACCUCAUGAAAAUAAGAAUCAGCAAACAGAUAAAGUUACAGAACUGUCGCAAGAUAAUGGCAACAAAGGUGAAGAUCAAGAAUCACCUCAUGAAUAUAAGAAUCAGCAAACAGAUAAAGUUACUGAACUGUCGCAAGAUAAUGGCAACAAAGAUGAAGAUCAAAAAUCACCUCAUGAAUAUAAGAAUCAGCAAACAGAUAAAGUUACUGAACUGAAUCAGCAAACAGAUAAAGUUACUGAACUGUCGCAAGAUAAUGGCAACAAAGAUGAAGAUCAAAAUUCACCUCAUGAAUAUAAGAAUCAGCAAACAGAUAAAGUUACAGAACUGUCGCAAGAUAAUGGCAACAAUGGCGAAGAUCAGGAAUCACCUCAUGAAAAUAAGAAUCAGCAAACAGAUAAAGUUACAGAACUGUCGCAAGAUAAUGGCAACAAAGGUGAAAUUCAAGAAUCAUCUCAUGAAAAUAAGAAUCAGCAAACAGAUAAAGUUACUGAACUUUCGCCAGAAUAUGUCAACAAAGGUGAAGAUCAAGAAUCACCUCAUGAAAAUAAGAAUCAGCAAACAGAUAAAGUUACAGAACUGUCGCAAGAUAAUGGCAACAAAGGUGAAGAUCAAGAAUCACCUCAUGAAUAUAAGAAUCAGCAAACAGAUAAAAAUCAGCAAACAGAUAAAGUUACUGAACUGUCGCAAGAUAAUGGCAACAAAGAUGAAGAUCAAAAUUCACCUCAUGAAUAUAAGAAUCAGCAAACAGAUAAAGUUACAGAACUGUCGCAAGAUAAUGGCAACAAUGGCGAAGAUCAGAAUCACCUCAUGAAAAUAAGAAUCAGCAAACAGAUAAAGUUACAGAACUGUCGCAAGAUAAUGGCAACAAAGGUGAAAUUCAAGAAUCAUCUCAUGAAAAUAAGAAUCAGCAAACAGAUAAAGUUACUGAACUUUCGCCAGAAUAUGUCAACAAAGGUGAAGAUCAAGAAUCACCUCAUGAAAAUAAGAAUCAGCAAACAGAUAAAGUUACAGAACUGUCGCAAGAUAAUGGCAACAAAGAAUCAGCAAACAGAUAAAGUUACUGAACUGUCGCAAGAUAAUGGCAACAAAGAUGAAGAUCAAAAUUCACCUCAUGAAUAUAAGAAUCAGCAAACAGAUAAAGUUACAGAACUGUCGCAAGAUAAUGGCAACAAUGGCGAAGAUCAGGAAUCACCUCAUGAAAAUAAGAAUCAGCAAACAGAUAAAGUUACAGAACUGUCGCAAGAUAAUGGCAACAAAGGUGAAAUUCAAGAAUCAUCUCAUGAAAAUAAGAAUCAGCAAACAGAUAAAGUUACUGAACUUUCGCCAGAAUAUGUCAACAAAGGUGAAGAUCAAGAAUCACCUCAUGAAAAUAAGAAUCAGCAAACAGAUAAAGUUACAGAACUGUCGCAAGAUAAUGGCAACAAAGGUGAAGAUCAAGAAUCACCUCAUGAAUAUAAGAAUCAGCAAACAGAUAAAGUUACUGAACUGUCGCAAGAUAAUGGCAACAAAGAUGAAGAUCAAAAAUCACCUCAUGAAUAUAAGAAUCAGCUAACAGAUAAAGUUACUGAACUGUCGCAAGAUAAUGAUAAUGGCAACAAAGAUGAAGAUCAAAAAUCACCUCAUGAAUAUAAGAAUCAGCAAACAGAUAAAGUUACUGAACUGUCGCAAGAUAAUGUCAACAAUGGUGAAGAUCAAAAAUCACUUCACGAUAAUAAGAAUCAGCAAACAGAUAAAGGUACAGAACUGUCGCAAGAUAAUGUCAACAUUGGUGAAGAUCAAAAAUCACUUCACGAAAAUAAGAAUCAGCAAACAGAUAAAGAAAUUCAGUUUCAAAAGUGGGAAUAUCUUGGUCAUUCUGUCAAGCAUGGAAAACUGUUGUCAGAAUUGUGUUAUCUUAAAGCAGAUAUUGAACAGAAGGGCAAUUUACGUGUAAUUUUCUCGGACAGAUUUAGCCUUGGCAGAGGAAGCAAUGAAACCGGUGUCUUUCUUGGACUGACAAAGGAUGGUUACGGCAAAGCAGUAAAACGAAUGCGUAGAAAUGACUACCUACAGCCUGCACAGCACGAAAAAAAAAUUUUAAAUGAAUUCAAUGCAAGGGAGUCGAAAUAUGUUGUGAAUUAUUACUUCUUAGAGGAAGAUACUGGAACGGACUAUGUUUAUUUAAUAUUAGACUUAUGCGAAGAAUCAUUGCAGAAUUUUGUGAAAGAAUCCAAGAAAGAAGAUCUUCAAAAAGCUCUUCCCGAUAUUCUUAGACAAAUUUUAAAUGGAUUAGCUGAUCUUCAUACUGACCCAAAUCCUAUUCUUCAUCGCGAUUUGAAGCCUUCCAAUGUUCUCCGAGACUCGCAUGGCAAAUUUUUGAUCGCGGACUUUGGAAUUAGUCGAAUAUUGAAUGAUGAAAAUAGCACAUAUGAAAGCAAAUCUAACACGGGAACUGAGUAUUGGAUUGCUCCUGAGUCAUAUCGGGAAGAUGUAGACAGAGAAGAUAAAGGACGUUACAAAAAAGAAUCUGAUGUAUAUAAUGCCGGAAUGGUGGCUUAUUAUGUUGCAACAAAAGGGCAACAUCCUUUUGGAGUGAAACGCUACAGAUUGGACAACAUGUUGAAAGGAGACCCUGUUCGCUUGGAUGAAAUCAAGAAUAAAACGCUGAAAGACCUUUUGAUGUGGAUGUUAAAUCGUUUGCCAGAAGACAGGCCAUCUGCCAACGAGGCGUUGAAACACCCAUUUUUUAUGUCAGAUGACGAGAAAUUUGAAAUGCUAUGUAAAGUUGGGAACCAACUGGCAAUUAAGACAAAUGAUACCCAGUCAAGUGUGGUCUGUCAAUUAAAUAAUGAAUCUUCAGACUGGAGAAGUCAAAUUGAUAGUGAUGUAUAUGCUUAUUUUACAACAGAUGAGGUGAAUGGAAAAAUUCGUAGGUACGGAUCCGCUUGGACAGAAUGCUUGAGACUUAUUCGCAACUUUGGGCAGCACUGGAACGAUCGACCUCGGCCUAGACCACAACCAUUUUAUAAGAUUGGCGAUCACAAGUUGUAUUUUCUCAAAACUUUCCCUGAUCUCCCUGUUCGGGUGCACGCAGCUAUCAGGUCAAAUAAAAAAUUAAAAAACAAUUGAGAACUUAAAGGCAAGCAUUGAAAUUUUCACCAUAGACAGAUUAAUUAUGUACUCGUUAAAUAAUACGUUAAAUUAAGCAAUAUUGUUACAUGACAUUAACACCAUGUGUUGGUUGAUCAUUUUUUAAGUUAUAAUUAUUGAUAUUUCUAUGAUAAUCUUUGAUAUUAUCAGUCAUUGUACGUUUUUCUCAUUAUUAUUUCCACUCUUAUUCUUUAUUAUUAUAUAGUUCGUAAUCUAAAAAUUAAUACCAGCAUUGUAUAUACACAGAAUGUAAUGUCAACAUUGAUGAAGAUGUAAAAUCACCUCACGAUAAUAAGAAUCAGCGAAAAGAUAAAGGUACAAAACUUUUGCCAGUUAAUGUCAACAUUGGUGAAGAUCAAGAAUCACCUCACGAAAAUAAGAAUCAGCAAACAGAUAAAGGUACAGAACUUUCGCCAGAUAAUGUCAACAUUGGGGAAGAUGUAAAAUCACCUCACGAAAAUAAGAAUCAGCAAACAGAUAAAGGUACAGAACUUUCGCCAGAUAAUGUCAACAUUGGGGAAGAU